CGAAUUUCCGACAAAUCGUCGAUGGCGUUUCGAUAGCACCUCAACACCGUCCGUCUCGCUACUCGACUUGACAUAAUUUAGCCACUUGUGUACUUGCCCGCUUCCAGUACGCUGCCCUGUCGCACAGCUUUCAGACCUCACGAUGCCGGAGUCCACACCACACGGUGGUGACACCGCGCCGGCGAGAUCACGAGCCCCUACAAUCACUAUUGACAACGCGAACGAUACUGCUCCCGCUUCGACGACCGCGUCGGCCUCUCCAACCGCAGACAGGAACAACACGUCUAUCGACCCACGGGCGAAUGCACCCAUCGAAGGGAAAGAUGGCCGCCCUGUGAGCCCUCUUAACCCCGGCACCCCUAGCAUUAAGACGGGGGAGAAGGCACAAGGCUUUCUUUCUGUGCCCGGCGAACAUCGAUCAAGACAAAAUUCGGUUGAUAGCAACGAUGGUGCUCGCUCUGUCAACUUCUCCCAGGGAGAAACCGUCGUCGCGGAUAGGACCAAUUCCCACGCUGGCCCCGGAAACGAUGCGAUCAUGAAUGAUCCCGAUGCUCUGAAACCGGAUCAGGGCAAGGAAGAGGAUUUCGUUGUCGAGAACAACCCAUUUGCUUUCACUCCCGGCGAGCUCACCAAGAUGUUCAACCCCAAAAGCUUGCCGGCGUUCUACAAGCUUGGUGGCCUUGCUGGAAUUGAAAUCGGUCUACGCAGCAACCGUGAAUCUGGCCUUAGUCCAGAUGAACGCCAUCUAGACGGGACAGUCACAUUCGAAGAGGCCACGGCUCGUUCAUCCAAGGACAAGGUCAAUCCGGCGGCGCAGUCGCGUAGCGGUGCAGCCGCUGGCGGGUCUGACGUGCCAUUUUCCGAUCGAAUUCGUGUGUACAGAGAUAACCGGCUGCCGGAGAAGAAGGGCAAAAGCUUCUUGCAGCUUGUGUGGAUCACGUACAAUGACAAGGUCUUGAUCCUACUGUCCAUUGCUGCAGUCAUCUCACUCGCGGUCGGCCUGUACCAGACUUUCGGCGGCGAACACAAGGCUGGCGAACCUGCGGUCGAAUGGAUUGAGGGCGUAGCAAUUAUCGCAGCCAUUGUCAUCGUGGUUCUCGUCGGCUCACUCAACGACUGGCAGAAGGAGCGACAGUUUGCGAAGCUCAACCGCAAGAAGACUGAUCGGGUUGUAAAAGCCAUCCGUGCCGGCAAGACGGUCGAAAUUUCAGUAUUCGACAUCCUCGCUGGUGAAGUUCUGCAUCUCGAGCCAGGCGACCUCAUCCCUGUUGACGGCCUGCUGAUCCAGGGCUUCAACGUCAAGUGCGACGAGUCUCAGGCAACCGGUGAAUCAGACGUCAUCCGAAAGAGGCCUGCUGACGAGGUUUUCGCUGCCAUCGAGGCCGGAGAAGAUCUGAAGAAGGCAGACCCCUUCAUCCAGUCGGGUGGCCGUGUGAUGGAGGGUGUCGGCACAUUCAUGUGCACUACCACAGGAAUCUACUCCAGUUACGGCAAGACCCUCAUGUCCCUGGACGAGGACCCCGAAGUCACACCACUCCAGUCGAAACUUAAUGUUAUUGCCGAGUACAUUGCAAAGCUUGGUGGCGGGGCUGGUCUGCUGUUGUUCAUCGUACUGUUCAUCGAAUUCUGCGCGCAUCUUCCGCAGAACACUGGCACACCUUCAGCAAAAGGGCAAGAAUUCCUCGAGAUCUUCAUCGUCGUCGUUACUAUCAUCGUCGUGGCAGUUCCGGAAGGACUGCCUUUGGCUGUCACGCUGGCUCUCGCUUUUGCUACCACGCGUAUGCUGAAAGACAACAACCUUGUUCGUCAUCUGAAGGCAUGCGAAGUUAUGGGAAACGCCACGACGAUUUGCUCCGACAAAACUGGCACACUUACUCAGAACAAGAUGACCGUAGUCGCUGGUGCCGUUGGUACUCAGCGUCGCUUCGGAGGCUCCGAAACUGCAGCUACCGAGAAGUCAGCCAAGGAGUUUACAACUCAGGAAUUUGCCUCCGGGCUCGCCGAGGAUACUAAAGAUCUACUGCUGAAGUCUAUCUCGCUCAACUCCACUGCUUUUGAAGGCGACGUAGAUGGGGUCUCUACGUUCAUCGGAUCGAAGACUGAGACAGCACUUCUUAUGUUCGCACGCGAAUUUCUUGCCAUGGGUGCUGUCAGCGAGGAACGUGCCAAUGUCAAAAUUCUGCAGCUCAUUCCUUUCGACUCCGGCCGGAAGUGUAUGGGUGUAGUCGCGCAGCUGGAAAACGGGAAAGCACGCCUCUACGUAAAGGGCGCGUCGGAGAUUCUUCUCGGCAAAUGCACACAACUGCUCAAGAGCCCGGACCAAGAUAUCAGCAGCGACCGCCUUGAAGCAAGCGACGAUGAGACCAUCAAGGCGUUGAUCGAAGAAUACGCCUCACGAUCUCUGAGAACCAUUGGCCUCGUAUACCGCGAUUUUGAGAGUUGGCCUCCGCAAGACGCUCGACGAAGUGAGGACAACAAGGGUGAAGCUCUGUUCGAAGAUGUGUUUAAGAACAUGUGCUUCAUUGGCCUUGUUGGAAUCCAGGAUCCCCUACGGCCAGGCGUUCCUGAAGCGGUCAGAGAGUGCCAAAGAGCUGGCGUGAUCGUCCGCAUGGUUACUGGAGACAACAAGCUGACCGCUCGUGCUAUUGCCAAAGAGUGUGGCAUUCUUCACGACGAGGGCAUCGUGAUGGAAGGCCCAACGUUCCGGAAUCUCAGUAAAUAUCAGCAAAACGAGAUCAUCCCCCGCCUGCAGGUCCUUGCACGUUCGAGCCCCGAAGACAAGCGAAUCCUUGUUCGGCGUCUGAAGGACCUUGGCGAGACUGUAGCUGUCACUGGUGAUGGAACCAAUGAUGCGCCUGCGCUGAAACUUGCCGAUGUUGGUUUUUCCAUGGGUAUUGCCGGCACGGAAGUUGCCAAGGAAGCUUCUGCCAUCAUUCUCAUGGAUGACAACUUCACAAGCAUUGUGAAGGCCUUGAAGUGGGGUCGAGCAGUCAACGACGCGGUCAAACGCUUCCUGCAGUUCCAGCUCACCGUCAACGUCACCGCUGUCGUGCUUACAUUCUUCACUGCCGUGGCCAACGCCAACCAAGAAUCGGUGCUCACCGCCGUGCAACUCCUCUGGGUCAAUCUGAUUAUGGACACGCUCGCCGCUCUUGCUCUGGCGACAGACCCUCCUCAAGACAGCGUCCUUGACCGCAAACCUGAGCGAAAGGGCUCCGGGAUCAUCUCGAUCACCAUGUGGAAGAUGAUCAUCGGACAGGCUAUUUACCAGUUGGCUGUCACAUUCACGCUCAAGUACGCCGCGACGCAGCUCGGUAUUUCCAACGAAGAGCCGUACAUUGAUGCUCUUGUUUUCAACACCUUCGUCUGGAUGCAGAUCUUUAACCAGUGGAACAAUCGACGCCUCGACAACAAGUUCAACAUUCUCGAGGGGCUGACGCAGAAUUGGUUCUUCAUCGGCAUCAACGUGAUCAUGUGUGGCGCUCAAGUUCUUAUUAUCUUCUUUGGCGGCAUUCCCUUCUCCAUUCCCACCACUACUGCCGAAGGCCGACCUCCUCAGAGCGGUCCGCAGUGGGGCAUUGCCCUAAUUUGCGGGCUGCUCUCGAUCCCAAUCGGCAUGUUGAUCCGUUGCAUUCCUGAUGAAUUCAUCCGGAAAUGCAUCCCAGCGUUCAUCAAGCGACGGCGCAACCGGGUUCCUGGCCUUACAGUAUCCGACGAGGAAAAGUUUAAUGAAUACCCAGAGGUAUUCGCUGAUGUCAAGGACGACCUGCGCUUCCUCAAGAAGUUCAAGGGCGGCCGUGUCAGCAAUCUGAAGUUUGCCGCCAAGCACCCGAAGGAGGCUUUCAUGUCUGCCGUACGGAGCCCAUCCCACUCGCGGUCGAACUCGAUGAGGGAGCCUCACACGCCGACGCAGGAGGAGCACCUUCCAUCUGCUCUGACGCCCGAAGGCCGCUCGCGGUCCAGGUCGACACGGUCUCGAUCCAACUCGGCACUCGGGGCUACGGCUGUCAUGGCCGGCAUCAUUGCCGGCAGUGUAGGCGCAACGUGGUCCCCUGUCGACAAGCCGGCCGGAGAACGCGACUUCCCGCCCCGAUCAACACCAUCGCCACUUGCAAGCCGGGAAAACAGCCAGCUUGUGAGUGAGCAGCAACCAGAGACUGGUGCUUCCUCUGAUGUACCAACACUGUCCGUGCCACAACCCCCUUCACAAAAGCACAUUUCUUAGGUGGUCGGAUGGUUGUUCCUGUUUUCACUUCACCACUCAUCGAAGC